CAACACCAAAACAGGGUGACGUCACCGCCGGUCACAAUGCCCGGCCACAUCUCUACUUCUCCGCAUUUGCUCUCCGAAUCCAGUUCCUUUUCCCCUUAUCCUGAACUCCCCGGCGCAAGUUAGCAACUUAGCAUCCCUUCCAUGAACCCUCGCGGUUCCCACUCUUCCGCCUCUGGCGGUGGUCGUGAAGACUGCUGGAGCGAGGAGGCGACCGGCACGCUGAUCGAGGCGUGGGGUCAGCGUUACCUUCGACUCAAUCGAGGCAACCUCCGUCAAAAGGACUGGCAAGAAGUCGCCGCCGCUGUUAACGACGGCGCCAAGUCCCGCAGGACCGACGUUCAAUGUAAGAACCGCAUCGACACGUUGAAGAAGAAGUACAAAGUGGAAAGGGCCAAACCCUCACCGUCGAAAUGGCCCUUUUUUCAACGCCUCGAUUAUCUCAUCGGUGCUAACAACUCCUCCGGUACCAAAAAGCCCCCGCCCGUUAGCUUCCCCGUCAACCCCAAGUCUUCGGCUUUCCUGAAGGGAUCGAAGACAACAGAGAGCUCGUUCGAUGAUGACGAUGAUGCCGCUGAUGAGGUCAAGAAGGAGCAUCGAGUGGAAGAUGUAGGGCUGUCUGAUGGAGCUGCGUGCAGGGAAUUAGCGAGGGCCAUAUUGAAGUUCGGGGAGAUCUACGAGAGGGUCGAGAGCUCAAAGCAACAGCAGAUGAUGGAAUUGGAGAGGCAGAGAAUGGAAUUUGCUAAGGAUCUUGAGUUCCAGAGGAUGAACAUGUUCGUGGAUGCCCAAUUGGAGAUGGAGAAAUUGAAGCGGCAAAAGCUUCUGACUCGCACAGGGAAGAAGCACUAGGAGAUUGGUGGGUACUCGAUCUAGAAAAAGAAGCAGUUAGUGUAUAUGUAUUACUCUUCCUUGGAUCUCAAGCACUCGGGUAGAGGCCCCCUGUCUGUAAGAGCCAACAAUUUGAAGACCAAAGCCUUUGAAGUUCUUAAUUUUUCGUGUAUAUAACUAGUUGUUUAAUUAGAGUUCCCUAGAAUUUUCCAUGUUGUAAAGCAGUUAAUUAUCAGUGCCUUGUGUUUAUGAUUUUAUCAAUUGCUAUGUUAGAAAUGUCUAAUCUAUGAUGCAUUGUAUUUUUGUAUACAUCUCUGAACUUAAGAAAAGACAGUGCUGAUUUGAUCAGAAUUCUUUUGGAGCUUUUGGCAACUUUGAACUUUAAGGCACUCCAUCUGACCUGUGUUAUCUCCAUAUGUAACUUUUGCCCAAAACAUGGUUCUUUCGUAAUGAAUUAUUUUGAUAGUUUAUCGGUUCAUCUGGAGAAGAAAUAAUCAAUAAUUAGAUCUCUUGCAGAGCAAAUUGUCAGCCCAUUUUCUGUAUUGAUACCUAUUACUGUAUGACUUUUAACUCAAUAUUGUAGGAGAUACGACUGUAGGGUCACAUGGUGAAGGCAGAUUAUUGAGGACAACAAACAGGUCAACAACGGAAAAUAUUGGUCAUAAUUCACACAUUUGAAGAAUUCAUCAAAGCUCACUAACAGCGGCAUGUGAUUCUUAU